AAUGACAUCAAAACUUUCAGAGUUGAGUUGCCGGAGAAAGAAGUACCUCCACCAGUACCGUCUGAUCUGACAACAACUCGUUCGGCGCUCUUUGGCCGGUCGCUACCAAAUCUUCACGGAAGUAUGACUGCACCUCCUGACGUGGACACUCCGCCUCCACACCGGUCAUCCGUUCCAUCCAGGGCGCAGCCGCCAAGCGAGCAUCUAACAUCACAGACUUCAUAUGAUCGAGAGGAAGGGGCGUCAGGCGACGUUGGUCUGGAUUCCGACGGCGAGUAUGUGGAUGAUCAGCCGUCCACAAGCUCAGCAAAUAGAUCUCGAAGAAGCGCCCGGCAUAGUAAAAUGUCUCAAGAUGAUAUUUCCUGCCUCGACUACUUGACACGAUUGAGACUUUCUAAGCUGAUGGACGAGAACUCGAAGUGGCAACAGCUGGCUACGGUUCGUUUUACUAUUCGUACACUUUGA